AUGGAAACAACAAUAGUUCAUCGUCCGGAGCCACGCAGAAGUGCGGAUCUUACGAAUCUUGAACAUUUUGCGUGGAUGCUGCAAUUGGGCAACAGCUACGAUGCUGCUUUGACAUUGUCAAGCUAUAGAGAGUUAAUGCGGGAAUUGUCUCAAUUGCUCCGUUCUCCAAUCGUUCAUCAGAUUGGGCAACUGAAUCAAUUGUUGCUCAACCAAGGGCACAUCAUUUUUCCUUCCAAGGAAUCAAUUGUGCUUCCAGUCUCGGUGCCAAUUAUUCUUCCAAUCAAACCAUUCUCUACUUCUAGACCAGAGACUUGCUUUACGCCAGCAGAUACAGAGACAACUGCAACAUUUCCCUCAUGCACUCCACCGCAGACAACGUCGCCAAAUGUGGCGAUACAUCCUGUAUCUCCACUUCCAUUUCCAGAAGUAUCAUCAACACCAGCUCUAGGAACUGUGCAAAUCUCUCCUGCUUUGCCCCUAGCUGAUGUUCUCGAGUCUGAACUCUCAACCUCUUGUCAAUCUCCACAAUGUGUUUCGACUUCACCAUUGUCAACUGAAGCAAGUCUUUUACAUCAAGCAUCGGAAGAAGUUUUUUCACAGGAUUCCACUCCAGCUUCAUCUGCUCCCUCACCGGUCACGACGACUUCUCCUGUAGUGUCAGAAGUCCCAUCGGCUCCUGCCUCAUUGGUUGCUAAUCAAAUUCAAACACCAGCUUCGUGUAACCGCGUUUCGUCUUCUCAAAUGCCAAGUAUUUCCCCCUGCUCAAUCAUAACAGAAUCGAUCGGGUCCCGACUCAGAAAAAAUCCUCAAAAGGUCCAAUGCAAAAUAUGUAAGCAAUGGUAUCACGUGUUUUGUCUUAAUUUGGACAACAGCGAGUACGUGGAAAAAACGUUCAUGUGUUGUGGACAUCAGCAAUGCCAAGAAGCAAAGAACUCAAAAAUGGGUAAAAUCUUCUUCGAAUAUUACCAGAUGAAGCAACCACGACCGCGCCCUCAGGAGCCAUAA